UAUCUUCUUUUCUUAUACAAAAAUUACUGCAAAUUUGGCGGUAAAUAUUCUUUUCGCUUGUCCAAGUAUAAAUACAAAACAUCAACGAGCGAAUAAAGCAGAGACGAAAGUCUGACGAAAAAUGGAAGACUUUGGGUCCGCAGUGGAUAGACAAGUUGAUGCCGAGGGAAUCGCACCAGCUGCUGUAGUAAGAGUUGUGCUGAAGGCUUAUAGAAAGAUAUCAAUAUCCUACUGUCUUGGGAAAUUGUUACGCUUUGUUCCGGAGUUCGUUAUCUCCUGUCCCGACCUUGGCCGCAACAAUCAAUAUACGACUGUACACAAAUGCGAAACAACAGAAGGAAAAAUAAAUGAAACUUUUCAAUUCGUUCUUCCUGCUGAUAAAACUGAAACAACACUCAUUAUUGAAAUGUCUGGAGAAAACUGUUUUUUCCGCAAGAUUGCAGGCAAAGUAGUAAUCCCUUUAUCUAUCGGGAACACUGAAGAUCUUACGAUCAAUUUUUCAAAAGCGGGUGGAGAACUGGAUAUAGAAGUCAGCUUUAUCGUCAGGUAUUUUUUCAAUGCAAACAUCCACAAAAUUACAUAUGGCAACUCCUAAGCGGUCACGAGAAAAAUUGGUUGUAAAAUAGGUCACCCGACGAGUAUCAGCAUCUCUGCCUGUAAUCUGAAAAAGAACAAUAAAUGUAAUUUAUUCAUUUAAACAUGUAAUAGCGAUUUUUUCAGGUCUGAUCGCGAUCUUAGUUUUGAUCAAACAGGUUUGAACGAGAAGGAGCUCAAAUUCCGAGAGAAAAGAUUUGUUAAAGUGAACAGAGCUUUGGAGCAAUUAUUUCCGGAACUCGGGUCAUCUGAAAGAA